CGGGGCCGGAAGUGGCGGCGGGGAGGGUGACGGCCGGGCCCGGGGACAGCCCCCGGAGGCCGCCAUGGCCCGCAGGAGGAAACGGCGGCGGCGCGAGAGCGGUGACGGAGAGGGCACGGGGGACGGAGGUGGCAGCAGUGACAGAGGUGGCAGCAGUGACAGAGGUCACACCGGUGACAGAGGCGGCGGCGGUGAGGGCAGCGACGGAGGUCACAGCAGCAAGAGAGUUGGCACCAGCGACGGAGUUGGCACCGGUGACAGAGGUGACAGCAGUGACAGAGGAGGCAGCAGUCACACCAGUGAUAGAGGUGACACCAGUGACAGAAGUGGCAGCAGUGACAGAGUUGGCACCGGUGACAGAAGCAACAGCAAUGACAGAGGAGGCAGCAGUCACACCAGUGAUAGAGGUGACACCAGUGACAGAAGCAACACCGGAGACAGAAGGGGCACCAGCAACAGAGGUGAUGGCAGUGACCCAGGCUAUACCAGCAACAGAGGUGGCAGCAACAACAGAGGUCACAGCAGUGACAGCAGUGACGGCAGUGUCGGCAGUGACGCGGGCACCUUCCCCUUCAGCCGCCUGCCGCAGGACUGCCAGCUCCCACGUCUUUCCUUCCUCUCACCGGAGGAGAAGUGCGGGGCCGCGCUGGUGUGCGGCGCCUGGAGCCACCUCAUGCGCUCGCCCCGCCUCUGGCGCGUGGCCGACUUCACCGGCGCCCCGGCGGCGCUGGCCGAGGCCGAGGACGACUCCGGCGCCGCCUUCGCGCGCUGGCAGGGCUGGGUGCGGCGCUACGCCUUCCACCUGGCCGCCCGCCGCGCCAGCCCGCGCCUGCUGCGCGCCAGCUUCGACCUGGGCGACCGCGAGGCCGGCUGGGCCGAGUUCCUGCGGGGCUUCCUGGAGAGCGUGCGCUGCGGCGAGCUGCGCGAGCUGGAGCUCGACUGGACCCUCAGCCCCCUGCAGCCCCCCGGCCCCCGCCCGCCCGGCGCCGCCAAGCUGGAGCAGCUGAGCCACUUCCAGGCGCUGCUGGAGCUGCUGAGCCGCAAAGCGCCGGGGCUGGCCCGCGCCAAGCUGCCCUUCGACUGGUCGCGGCGCUCGGUGGCCGCCCUCGCCCGCUUCCAGCACCUGCAGACGCUGGAGCUGCGCUACUUCUGGGGCUUCCGCGGCGUGCGGCCCGAGGCGCUGCGCGAGCUGGCGGCCGCCCUGCCCCGCCUCAAGACGCUGGUGCUGCACCUGCUGGUGCCGGUGCAGGACCUGGGCACCUCGUACGCGCUGGAGUCGCGCUCGCUGGAGGUGCUGGACGUCUGGCGCUGCCGCGGGCUGGUCUUCAGCCGCCUGGAGCUGCCGGCGCUGCGGGCGCUGCGGGUCAGGAAGAGGACGCGGGGCCUGAUCCUGCAGCGGCGCGCCAGGCUGGCGCUGCAGAGCCGCUGGCGCUGCCUCUACGCGCUGCUGCGCGCCGGCGCGCCCGGCCUGCGCCUGCUCAACAACCGCGCGCUGCUGCCGCACUGGCGCGAGCGGCCCUACGACGAGCUGGAGGCCAUGCUGCGGCGCGCCUGCUACUGCCCCCGGCACGCCGACACCUGGCUGCUCUAGCGCCAGAGCCUGGUGGCCAGCAGCAAACCAAGGUGGCCACCAGCACCUCAUGGUGGCCAUCACCACCCCAUGGUGGCCACCAGCACCCCAAGGGGGCCACCACUCUCCAACAGUGACUGCCACAUGCGCAAAUGCGCCCACGUUGUGACCGACCUACGGUGGCCUCCACCACUCAAAGGUGACCAGGACUACCUAGUGGCCAUCAUCACGUCAUGGCGGUGGCCAUCACCACGCCGUCAUGGUCAUCACCGCCCAGUGGUGGCUGUCACUCUCCAGUGGUGGCCAUCAUCACGCCAUCAUGGCCAUCACCC